GGGUGCGGGUGCGCUGUGCGUGGUGGCGGCGCGUGGCGCGGAUUUGUGGCAGGGCGGCGGGGGCGGGGGGGUCUCAGCAACUGAGACAGGACGGUAAGGCUGAGGGUCCCCACACACCUGACCCUGGUGCGAGACCUGCUCUCCGGUUCCCAGAGCUCCAGGCGCAGGCCGGGAUGUUCGUCCUGGUGGAGAUGGUGGACACCGUGCGAAUCCCCCCGUGGCAGUUUGAGAGGAAGCUCAACGACUCUAUUGCCGAGGAGCUGAACAAGAAAUUGGCCAACAAGGUUGUGUACAACGUGGGACUCUGCAUCUGUCUGUUUGACAUCACCAAGCUGGAGGAUGCCUAUGUGUUCCCAGGGGAUGGCGCUUCACAUACCAAAGUACAUUUUCGCUAUGUGGUGUUCCACCCAUUCCUGGAUGAGAUUUUGAUUGGGAAGAUCAAGGGCUGCAGCCCAGAGGGAGUGCAUGUCUCUCUAGGGUUCUUUGAUGACAUUCUCAUUCCCCCAGAGUCACUGCAGCAGCCUGCCAAGUUGUAUCCUUCCAAGGGCCCAGCUCUGCGGAGGCCACCUCUUCCAGUGAGGAGCUGCCAAAGAAGGAGGCUCCAUACACACUUGUGGGAUCCAUCAGUGAGCCUGGCCUGGGCCUUCUCUCAUGGUGGACCAGCAACUAGAUCUGGGGUUCGACGGGGAACUUGCCCAUCCAGUAGACCCUACCUCAGCCCUGGGGAAGGUGGUGCAGCUGGUCCUGAGCAGAUGCUGAGGAGUCCAUGUCACCCAGGACCGGAAGGGGCAGGGGUCAGCACUGCUGCCAGUAUGUCCUCCCUCCCCAGUGACCUAGUCCUGAUCUUCCCCACAGAGCGCUACCCCUGAAGUCCUGCCAUCUUGUGAUUUUUUUUUUUUUUUUUUGGCGGUGCUGGGGGAUGAUGGAACAUAGGGCCUGCCACAUGCUAGGCAAAGACUGAGACCACUGAGCCACACUCCCAGCCCUAUCCAGUCCCAUCCUGUGAUUUUCAGUGAUAGCAACAUUUUAAUAAAGUAAUGGCAGCAUCUGCAGGGAAGGAUCAUCAAGAUCCUUCCCUGGAUUUGUUUCAAUGGCCAAUGUCAUGAUCUA